GGCUGGGGCGGCGGGGUGUCCGUGCCUGUGCUGCGGCUUGCUUCUCUGGCCCCGGGCGGUUUUUCAGCCGUGGGCCAAAUGUGCUGCAUCAAGACGGCAACGCACCGCAAGCUGCAUUCUUUUCACCUCUUCAAAAAGUGAUGUUACCACCAAAUACCUUUCAAGGAAAAGUGGCCUUUAUAACUGGUGGAGGUACUGGGAUUGGCAAAGGAAUGACAACAACUUUGUCCAGUUUAGGUGCCAAGUGUGUUAUAGCAAGCCGGAAGGUCGAUGUUUUGAAAGGAGCAGCAGAAGAAAUUUCCUCUAAAACAGGGAAUAAGGUUCAUGCCAUCCAGUGUGAUGUGAGAGAUCCAGUUUCAGUUAAGAAUGCUGUUGCCGAAGUAAUCCAAGUGGCAGGUCAUCCUGAUGUGGUGAUAAACAACGCAGCUGGAAACUUUAUUUCCCCUUCUGAACGACUUUCUGCUAAUGCAUGGAAAACGAUAACUGAUAUUGUGCUUAAUGGUACUGCUUUUGUAACUCUGGAAAUGGGAAAGGAGCUCAUUAAAGUACAAAAAGGAGCAGCAUUCCUGGCUAUUACAACAAUUUAUGCAGAGAGUGGUUCAGGAUUUGUGUUGCCGAGCGCCUCUGCCAAAGCUGGUGUAGAAGCAAUGAGCAAGUCUCUUGCGGCUGAAUGGGGUAAAUAUGGCAUGAGAUUCAAUGUGAUUCAACCAGGUCCAAUAAAAACAAAGGGUGCUUUUAGCCGCCUUGACCCAACAGGCACAUUUGAGAAGAAAAUUAUUGAGAGGAUUCCCUGUGGCCGCCUGGGAACUGUAGAAGAAAUUGCAAAUCUUGCUGCCUAUUUCUGCAGUGACUAUGCAAGCUGGGUUAAUGGAGCAGUUAUUAGAAUGGAUGGUGGAGAAUAUGUUUCUAUGGCAGGAGAAUUCAAUGAUUUGAAGAAGGUUACCAAAGAGCAGUGGGAUAUGAUGGAAGCUAUGAUUAGAAAAACAAAAGGCUCUUAAAGUAUGUAGUUGUAUGGUGGAGACUUUUGGAAAUGAACCACUACUUUUUCAUGAGUAUUUAGAAAUAACAAAUGACAAAUAGCCUUCAGAAUCUUUUGUAUGCUGAUUUCAAUAAAAUAUUUUGAAAUUGUCA